AUGCCCCCUAAAUCUACUGCUUUGCCAUCCCCGACUGCUCAGCUGAGCUUACAAGAAUGGUUGAAGAUGCUCACGGCUAGAGGGGUGGACAUGAGGGUAGCCAUGGGAUUAGCAGCUAAGAUAUACAAAUCUCAUGGAACCAUCGAACGACUUUCAUCAUUGACACAGCAGAAGUUAGCUGGUCUGAUAGGAGAUAAAGAAGUUAGGAAGGUGGUAUCGAAUGCUGUGAGGGGUUUGGCCAGCGGGGAGGCGGUAAGUAAGAAGAGAGGAAGGGACAGUGAUUUGCUAGAACCGCUGGGUAAAAAACGAACGGACGAUGAGAAUUUACCGAUGGAUAUUGAUUUUCAUCCGAUCAUGGAUGUUGAGCAACUCCUCCCUCUUACACUGACCACCAACCGAGCACCCGUCUCCACCGCAUGGGCAUACACCAUCUCCCGUCGACUAGGAUUCGAUAUUGCGGAAUCUCUCUCGCUCGCACAUGUUUACGUCCAUAUAUCAAGUUUGAAACAUGCUCUGCAACUUGGCAAUAUCCUCAACGACGUGGAAACGAGAGAGGCUAAAGAGGAAAUCGAAGAUCUACCAGAUGGCGAGAUGGGUCUACCAUCGAAGUUUAGAAGGACGAAUCAGAAUAGUCCGAGUAAAUAUGGAAGGGGAAAGGGCAAGCAGAAGGAGGUGGAAGGGAAUGCGGUUAGGAUAAGUUCUCAACCUUGGGUUGGGAUUAUGCGUGCCAAACCGAUCAUAGAAAGGCCAGAUAUGACGGUACGAGCUAUACAGAAAGGUGAACCGGUCGGACCGGGUCAGGCAUACAUGUAUAUCACUCGGGCAUUCAAAGAUUACACACCACACGUAAUGGGUGCACUGAAAUUAGUAGCGGAUUCGUAUGAGCCCGAAGAGCUGAGUAAAAUGGGCGGACAUAUGUAUAACGAAUUUAAGCCCGAUGUGGUGGAAUGGGGUCAAAGAGGUACACUCGAGCUGGCCAAGGUACUCGACCAAGUCAAAUCACCAGUGGAUGGCAAUGGGGUGGAGGAUGUAGAAGCAUAUCCAGUCAAGUCUGAUCCACCUGACGAAGCAGUGAAAACAGAUUUGGAGGGAACAGUCGGGCCGGUUGAUCUUGCCGAGGUCAAGGGCGAGGUACUUUUAUCUCCUAUACCUAGAUUGAAAGAAGAGGGCAGCGAAGAUAUGUACAAGUUGCCAAAGAAAGAUAUGACGGUGGAAGAGUACGAAGCCAUGUUGGAUGCUGAAGAGGGACCGGGAGGGUUCGUGGAAGGAGGGGAUGUGUAUGGUGCCUAA